AUGCGCCUCGACACCCUGCAGCCGCGGAACUCGCGAAAAUCACACCGUAAAUCGCGGCUCGGGUGUCUCAACUGCAAGAGGCGACACAUCAAGUGUGAUGAGCUUAAACCACAAUGCGCAAACUGCACCAAUCACUCAUCCGUGUGUGACUAUUCCUUUCCGGCGCGCAAGGGAGGGAGUGCCUCUACUGGAAAUAGUCCCCUUCUACACCAAAACAAGAAGUUGCAAUUUGUGGAAUCAGAGUACCAGGCUCACUUGUUGCCCUCCUCAUCAACCCCUCCUUCCUCAGGGAUAAAUGGCAAACAGGCCCAGCUAGAACGAAAUCCUCCUCCGUUUAAAGCCCAAUUCACCCUACUCGACCUCAAACUUCAACACCAAUUCCUUAGUUCAACUUGCCUCACUCUCGCCGAGAACCAGGGCAGUCUCCAGUUCUGGCAAACCCUCGUCCCUCGUAUGGGGUACUCUUUCUCUUGGGUCCUGCAUCUGUCUCUUGCCCUCGCUGGCCUUCACAUGAGGAGAUCCCCUCACUCUGACAUCUCCACUCCGUCGGACCCCAACCUGAACGACCAGAUAGAGCACCACUAUAUCAUGGGCCUUCAAGGCCUAUCACAAGCCCUAGCUAAUCUAACUCCACACACCAGUCACGCGGUCUGGAUCGGCUCCAUUCUCCUCUGCUUUAUCUCCAUGGCUCGAGGGCCGCGAACAGGAAACUAUCUAUUCUUCUCGACAAUCAACUAUGAGCCAUCUGAAUGGAUAUCGCUGCUUAAAGGUGUUCAAGUCCUCUCCUGUCUGGACGAGCUACGUCCGCACAUCUUUGGUAAAGAGAGCCGGGUUCACCAGUCAGAAUCUGUUCGUACUAAGGAAUCAGAAUCCGAACGCAAAGCUUGUAAACCUCAAUCGCACUCGCAUGAUCCACUCAAAUCCCCUCCUGUCGCCUCCUGCUGUCGGGCCAUCCAGUCAUGCAUAGAUCUAUUGCUAAACGACUUCGCCUGCGAUCCUCUACAAGAAAAAUACCUGGCAAACCUCUCCUUCCUCCACCAAGCUUUCAUGGACCUCAACAUCUGCACCUCAAUACCUACCUCAUCAGCAUCAUCUACCUCGGAAUCAGUCUUGAAAUUAAUGUCACCUACGCCAAGUCCAAAACCAGAUUUGAAACUGACGUUUAUUAUUUGGACGUGGACCUCACUCCUAGGCGACGGGCUUGACGCAGUGCAGUGCAGAGAACCCAUGCCACUGCUUUUACUAGCAGUCUUCCUUGUAUUGUUUAAACAGCUGGAUAGUCCGUGGUUUGCGCGUGGGUGGGCAAAACAUAUUCUGACUGGAAUCGAGGGGGUCCUUGACGGGGUACUCGAUGAAAAGGGGAGGGAGGUGUUGAGAUGGCCCAAGGAGGUUAUUUUAGGAAAGGCUGUUUAUUAA